UUGUUAUUCCCUCAUUUAAAACUUUAAUUUUCUCUCUCCUCAACACUGAGUACUGAGUAGAGUAACUCACAGACGCUGCAUCUCUCUCCUCAUCAACCUAGGGUUUCUUCUAGUUCUUUCCGCCACUGCUCGGAUCUCUCGCACCACCGUCUCUUCCUCCGCCACCGCGCCCGCACUCGCUCAUACCGUCGCGCAUAGCCGCGCUCCAAACUCCACGAACUCUUGUUGCUCAGCUCACUGCUGCGCCCAACUUCAACAGUGGCCAGUACCUUUUGAAAUGGUUUGUACUGUGUGCUCAAAUCCAGUUGAUAUUACCUUCUGUGAUCAAUCUCCUUGAAAGUGUUAAUGGAGCUUUACUUUGGUGCGUAAGUCUAAUCUCGUUGACGUACUAUGAUAAUGUAUACCUGCAUAACUUAAUGAAAUUGGCUUGUACCUGUUGCUUGAGAGUCAUCCUUUGACUUGGUUACUGAAGUUAUUGAAUACAAAACUAUGCCUUCAUGGUGGGGGAAAUUAUCAUCUAAAGAAGCAAAGAAAAAAACAGGUGAUGGAACACUCCUUGAUUCAAUACGACGGAAGUUCAGAAAUCCAUCUGAUGUGAAAUUAGAUAGUAGCUCAGGAGCAUCUCGUAGGCAUUGCAUUGACAGUAUAUCGGAGAGGGGUGCUCAAUCUAGGGCAGAGUCCAGAUCUCCUUCUCCUUCCAAGGAAUCCAAGCAUGUUGCAAGGUGUCAAAGUUUUGCUGAAAGGCCACAUUCUCAGCCACUUCCACUUCCAGGCAUGCAUCCUGCCAUUGUAAGCCGCACUGAUUCUGGAAUCAGUCUGUCAUCGAAACCAAAAACAGAAAAGAGCUCCAAGUCAUCAAUAUUUCUCCCCCUUCCAAGACCUUCCUGCAUUAGGAGCAGGGCAGAUCCUGCAGAGUUGGACAGCGAUCUGGUUACUGCUUCUGUUUCGAGUGAAAGCUCAGUAGAAAGUGAUGAUCUGACAGAGUCCCGCCUGCGUAGUCCUCAAGCAUCAGAUCUUGACAUUGGGGCUAGAACUGCAGCUGGAAGCCCAUCUAGUGUGAUACUCAAGGAUCAAUCAUCAAAAGCUGCUCAAAAUGAUUCAGUAGAAGCACCAAGACCUGUUAAUAUUCUGCUAAGCAAGCAAACUACUACUACCCCCCAUAGAAAAAGGCCUCUGGGCAAUCAUGUACCAAAUUUGCAGGUUCCUCCACAUGGAGCUUUUUUUAGUGCUCCUGACAGCUCGAUGUCUAGCCCCUCCAGGAGCCCAUUAAGAAUGGCCAACCCUGAGCAAGUUCUGAACACUGCUUUCUGGGCUAGUAAACCUUACACUGAUGUGUCGUUGCUUGGAUCUGGUCACUGCUCAAGUCCAGGUUCAGGCCACAACUCUGGCCACAAUUCUAUGGGAGGGGAUGUGUCCGGGCAAAUAUUUUGGCAACAACCAAGCAGAGGCAGUCCAGAGUACUCCCCAAUACCUAGUCCCAGAAUGACUAGCCCUGGGCCAGGCUCUAGAGUUCAGAGUGGUGCUGUGACUCCUAUCCAUCCUAGAGCUGCAGGUCCGGGCUCUGAAGCACAUGCAAGCUGGGGUGAUGACGGAAAACAACAGAGUCAUCGUUUGCCUCUUCCUCCGGUAGCUAUACCGAUUCCUUCUCCGUUCUCUCACGGAAAUUCAGCAGCCACAUCCCCCUCCGUUCCAAGAAGCCCAGCCAGAGGGGAGAACCUUCCAAGUCCCACCUCACGUUGGAAAAAGGGAAGGUUGCUUGGUAGAGGAACAUUUGGACAUGUUUAUCUCGGAUUUAAUAGUGAUACGGGUGAAAUGUGUGCAAUGAAGGAGGUUACGCUGUUUUCUGAUGACCCAAAGUCAAAGGAAAGUGCUAAGCAGCUUCAACAGGAAAUUUCUUUGUUGAGCCGGCUUCGACAUCCAAAUAUUGUGCAGUAUUAUGGUUCAGAAACUGUUGGUGAUAAACUCUAUAUUUAUUUGGAAUAUGUGUCUGGUGGGUCUAUCUAUAAGCUUCUUCAAGAAUAUGGACAGCUAGGUGAACUUGCAAUACGUAGUUAUACCCAGCAAAUAUUAUCCGGGCUUGCAUUCCUCCAUGGAAAAAAUACUGUUCAUAGGGAUAUCAAAGGUGCGAAUAUACUUGUUGACCCCAAUGGACGUGUGAAGUUGGCGGAUUUUGGUAUGGCAAAGCAUAUCACAGGACAGUCAUGUCCUUUAUCAUUCAAAGGAAGCCCCUACUGGAUGGCACCUGAGGUUAUAAAGAAUUCAAAUGGUUGCAACCUUGCUGUUGAUGUAUGGAGCCUUGGUUGCACUGUCCUAGAAAUGGCGACAACUAAACCACCAUGGAGCCAGUAUGAAGGGGUUGCUGCUAUGUUCAAGAUAGGUAACAGUAAAGAGUUACCAGCUAUUCCCGGUCAUCUAUCUGAUGAAGGAAAAGAUUUUGUGAGGUUAUGUUUGCAGCGAAAUCCACAGCAUCGUCACACAGCAGCUCAAUUACUUGAGCAUCCAUUUGUUAAGAAUACUGCUCCUUUGGAAAGGCCUAUACCAAGUCCUGAGCCAGCUGACCCUCUAACUAGUAUUUCAAAUGGGAUGAGGUCUUUGGGGGUUGGACUUGAGAGGAACCUUUCCAGCUUGGACACGGAAAGACUUGCUGUUCAUUCAUCGAGGGUUUCACCCGCUCGACCUCGCUCCAGUGAGUAUCACAUUCCACGGAACAUAUCUUGUCCUGUCUCUCCUAUUGGUAGCCCUCUAUUACAUCCAAGGUCACCUCAGCACCUUAACGGUAUGAUGUCGCCUUCUCCUAUAUCCAGUCCCCGAACUACAUCUGGCUCAUCAACACCCCUUACUGGUGGUAGUGGUGCAAUUCCAUUUCAUCACGCACAGCAGUCGCUUUAUAUGCAAGAGGGUUUUGGAGCCUUGCCCAAAUCCCCGAACAGUGUUUUCCUCAACGGUCCAUGUUACAAUGAUCGGAACCCGAACAUUCUUCGAGGGAUGCAAUCUGGAUCCCAUACUUUAACACUAGUGAGUUCCGAAAAUGAAUUUCGUGUAAAGCAGAUUGAAAGAGAACGACCCUGUCAAGGAGAACCAUGUAAUAGACGGACUAUUUUGGCUGAUCGUGUGUCCCAGCAGCUAUUGCGAGAGCAUGUAAAGCAAAAUCCUUCUGUAGAUUUUAGUCCUCGCUCGACGUUGCCUAAUCGGACCCAUGGCCUCUAGGUGGAAUGUUUGAAUCCGGAUUGGAUUUCAGAAUGAAUUGGCCUAGGAGGUAGUCUUUUGCCCCUUGUUAUGGCACUAAGUCUUUAGCCAUGAUGCAAAUGCUAGAAAAGGGUCCUGUGUGGUGGUAGCACUGCAGCUCGGGUUUUUUUGCAGCACGGAUUGGCUAAUAAAAAUCUCAUUAUGUGAGAUGGUUUGGUACACGACUCAGUUAGUUGCCAUGCCUUGUAAAAAAAAUUCAGAACUCUGCUAUCUGAUGUAGACUCAUUAAAGCUACAAGACUUUUAAAUCAGCUCAGAAAAGGUAGAGAGAAGUGGUGAAGUUUAGGAUGGACCUGCGUUUUUCUUGGUCAUCUCAGACGAUUUAGAAUCAAGGUGCGAUCUCGGAUGGUCUAGUUUAUGUUGUACAGGAGCCUAAUUUGGAUAUACAACCAGGCAAUCAGGCAUUUCAAUAUUUGGUAACCAAAGGAUUCCAGUCCCUUUGGAAUGGCUUAUACCUCUCUGAUGUAAUUGUCUAUAUAUUUAAUAUUUAUUAUGUUAGUAAUAUUGUUACCCUCUUUCUGUACAUUUCACUAUUUUAGUACAGAAAAUGUACUCAUUCAGACUGUAAUUUACUUUUGACAUCAGUAAAAUUUGAUGAAAAGAAAACAUUUCCAUUGCUCUUGCA